AUGAAAAAAAGUAGUGGUCCUUAUGUUGAGAAGUCUACUUGUGCUAAACGUAGUAGAAAACAUGAAGGCAAAUGUCCAAUUGAUAUGGGAAAUUGUUAUGGUUGUGGCAAGAGUGGUCACAUGAAGAGAGAUUUUCCUAUAAUGAAGGAUCAAGGGAGAGAAAUUUAUCACGCACAAGCAAGAGAUCCAAAUCCCGAUGCUCCUAAGAAGAAUCACUUUUAUGCUCUCUUCUCUAGGAGUGAUCAAGAAGAGUGUCCCGAUGUUGUCACCGGGUGUAUCUACCAUGUUGUGAGGGUUAAGGACCUUGAAUCGGAAGUUCCUCCCUUAGAGUCGGUACCCAUAGUGAGGGAUUUUCCAAAAGUCUUUCCUAAUGAUUUGCCUGGUGUUCCUCCCGAAUGGGAAAUAGACUUCGGCAUUGACUUGCUUCCGGGUAUGAAACCUAUUUUAGUCCCUCCUUCGUGUAUGGCUCUUGCCGAGUUGCAAUAA